UGAAAAAGAGAAGCGUAGUGGGAGCAAUAAUGAAAUAUUAAACAUUGAAAUGGCUCUACUUCAAAAAGUGGAAAUAUUACUGAUAAGAAAUAAAAAGAAAAGUAUCUACAAGUACCACAACAUGGCACAAGUCGUCGGAUUUGCUAUGUUCAAAUGUGUACUCAACAGUUGGAUUUUGGGAGUGUUUAGGACAGGCGCCUAAAUCGGAUAAUCGCGUGCAACAACUACAAAUAAACAAACGACGACCGGCGACAGUAAUCAUCAGCAUAACAACAUACGAAUAUUUCCAAGAUAAUUGCAUUACGUUGUUUUUUAUUUUAUCAACAUCGGUCGGUUUGCGGUGUUAUGCCGGUGCAUUUACCUCUGGCCUUGUGAUUUCAUGGAUUCCUAAAGAAAGACAUAGUAAUUUCGUUAGUGGCUAUCAAGAACACGAAAUUGUUACCAUUGAUGUAAAACGAAGACGGUCAAAGGUCAAAUAUUUGGAUAUUUUGUUAGCCUCCCUCCCCUCCAUACGAUUAUAAAUUCUAAUGUAAUUGUAACGAUAAACGAACUUAAAAAUGUUUAAAUCAAAAUCAUUUUUGCAGGGAUUUGCAAAAGAAUUUCUCUGUGUAAAUCGAAACGUUUCUAGCGCUGCCGGCAAACAUGGCCAAACAGUACCAACAGUACCUGUGGAUCCAACAAAUUUUAAAUUGCAAAGAGCUUUGUUAGUCUCCAAAUUGUCACGUUACGAAUUCGAACAGCUGAGGCAUCCCAAUCUCAGUGCUCAACAAUUGGAGGCGAGACUGCGAGACCGUGGCACCGAUUUCGAUACUCUUAUGUAUUUACAUAAUCUACACAAAGACUUUGAACGCACCAUUGUAAGGAGUUUUCAAAAUGUUGGAUGUGAAGUAAAACUGGCCAAUCGAGUCGAAUUUAGAAGCUCUUUAAGCAAGGAUAUAAUGCGUUGGGCUGAUGUAAUUGUGCCCAUUGGAGGAGAUGGCACAUUUCUAUUGGCUGCUGGGCGGGCCAGUCCAUUAUUUGCCCAGUCCCAGCAAAAAACACCAAUUGUGGGUUUCAAUUCGGAUCCCCAACGAUCCGAGGGGCGUCUCAUGUUACCCAAACACUAUUCAGAAAAUCCGGCAGAUGCUGUGGCAAAAAUUAAAAGUGGGGAUUUUCAAUGGAUGCAUCGUUCACGCAUUAGAACCACACUUUUGGGUAACAAUGGCAAUAUACCCGAAUCCACGGAUCUAUAUCGUCAUUGUGUCUCCAAAAUGGAACAAGAAAAGACUGAGCCUCAGUAUUUGAGCAAAGAAAUGGCCAAGAAAUAUAAGGCCAAAAUGCAUCGAGUCUUGCCGUAUUUGGCCUUGAAUGAGGUAUUUAUUGGAGAAUCGUUGUCGGCACGUGUAUCGCAUUUACAGCUAGUGGUGGAUCAUCAGAAUGUGGUGAAUAAAACCAAAUGUUCUGGUCUAUGUGUUAGUACAGGCACCGGUUCCACGUCCUGGCAUACAAGCAUCAAUCGUGUUAGCAAAAAACACAUGGAAGAUUUAUUCCACAUUCUACCAGAUACAGCAAAGCAAGCUCUGAGCGGCAUCAGUACCGAGGAAUUGGUGCAAAAAUAUAAUCAGAAUUUACUAUUCCCUCCAGAUGAUCCUCGUAUAUGUUAUUCGAUAAGAGAACAAAUUUGUGUUGGUGUUUGGCCAAGUCCCAAAGAUUUCGAGUCGAGAGGAUUUGUUAAGAAUUUAUUUGUGAAAUCUCGUUGCAUCGAUGCAAAUUUGGUUAUAGAUGGCAGCAUUUCAUAUCCCUUCAACGAUGGUGCAAAGGCCUUAUUAGAGAUUCAUCCUGAAGACGCUUUACUAGCCAUAAGUUUGGACUGAUUAUUGUGCGUUACGACAGCAAACAACAACAAUAUUUAAUAUUAUUAUUACUUUUCUAAUUUAACAAAGUGAACUUAUUUUAUACAAGCAAAGUUAAACCAAAUCUAUAUUAUAAGUUGUGAUAAGCAU